AUGUCUAAUAAUUUCUCCAUACAAGGCGUUCACUGCUCUAUUACGCUGCACUUCAAGUGCUGCUCGUCAUAUCCUGACAAGCCUCCAAGUAUAGCGAUUCACAAAAUACAUGGACUAUCAACUGACAAUGCGAACCAUCUGCUCAAAGACCUGGAGGCUUUAGCUGCUGAGCGGUGCGGAGAGGUCAUGAUUUUUGAACUUGCCCAACAUGCCCAGCAAUUUCUCCACGACCACAACAAGCCAGUGUUGUCUUGCUACGAAGAAAUGCUGAAACAGAAGGAAGAGAUGGAAACGAUGAAGCUACAGGAUCUGGAGAUUAAAGAGAACGAAGAGCGGCAAAAAAUAAAGAGUGAGAUUCAGAAAAGGCAAGAGAUGCUACGUGGCGCGCCUCGGCGGGUGCACCGGUCAAGCACGAGUCUCGACAACAGUACCGACGGACAAGGGGACGCUCCAGAACUAGUGUAUUAUGCCGAUAACAAGAUGUCUCCAGUCAGGCAAGUGAAGACCAGAACAGCUGCGGUAUGCACGUGCAAUAAAGGCGCGCAGGUCCUCAGGAUAAUGCAGAGGAACAACAAGAAAGUUUACAUUGGGAAUUGUUUAGGUCACUCUUCAAACGGCUCGACAACCUACCUAGCGAUAGACGACGAAUCCGGCGAGCGUUUAAUCACAAAGAAAUGGUCAAUACCUCCCACCUCGGACUUCCAAACUCGAAACCGUCAGCUGACAUCGCUCCAGCAAGACCUAAAAGUGUUGUGCCGUUUAAAACACCCAUCCCUAGUCCCAUACGUAGCCAUGGAAACUGUCAAAGAAGCAAAACGGACCGCAAAGCAAUCGUAUUUCAUAUUCAGGGACUACGUAUUAGGGUGCUCGUUGAAAUUUUUGUUGAAUAAGUGUAAAAUCAGUGACCGUUAUGAAGGUUUGAAGUUGGUUAGGACAGUGGGGGUGGGUUUGUUUGGUGCGUUAAAGGAAUUGCAUAGUGUGAGUGUGGUGCAUAGAGAUUUGCGGUGUGAGAAUGUGUUCGUGGACGAAUUCGGCGCGGUCAAGCUGGUUGGAGCGAGCUUGGAUGCGCGGCUCGCUGAAAUGCACGAGGGAGACAUCUAUUGUGACAGACAGUCGCAAUCGCAAGAUAUCUUCGCGGCCGCACACCUGCUCCUGUCUAUCAUUUGUCAAGAAGAAAACGCGUUUGAAGUGCCGCCAGACCUGCCAAGCUCGGCGAAGGACUUCUUCUCGAGGUGCUUCACAGAAGACGAGCAUACGCAAUGGUCAGCGGAGCAGAUGCUGAACCACUGCUUCCUGGUAGACGCACCGGCGAAGCAGAUCGUCAGCCACAAGAAAGAUGAGAACGGGAGUGGCUCUGAGGACGAUGAAGCAGUGAAAAAGAUUCACAACGUCAGUCCAGCUAUGAAUGGCCAUUCCCGUCUGACUGCCGAGUUCGAAGUCCUCACUUGGCUUGGGAAAGGUGCUUUUGGAGACGUGUUGAAGGUGAAAAACAAACUAGACGGCGGUUUCUACGCGAUCAAAAGGGUUAAGCUUAACCCCGAAAGCGUCCAGCUGAACAGGAAAAUCACACGCGAAGUGAAACUUCUAUCGCGUCUGAACCACGAAAACGUGGUGCGGUAUUACAACGCAUGGAUUGAGACCACAACAGAGACUAUUGAUACGGAAGAUGCUAGCGUGAAGUCGCCUGAAGUGAGGAAGAAGCCAGGCGACAGUCUACAAGACGUGGUAGCCAAGCUUGGCCAAGAGAUCAAGGUGGAGUGGACGAUGUCAGAGAAAGCCAACCAGAAGAGACACACGUCGGAUAGUGAAGACUCGGAUGAUGAUGAUGAACCGGACCCUUGGUACAAUAUUAUCGACCCCGAAAACGAGUCAAGCAGCGGCAUAGAGUUCGAAACGGACUCCCAGAACCAAUCAAUCACGGUGCCUUCAGAGAACGUUCCAGAAACGCCCCGCCCACAAUCGGUGCGUCUACACCAAGUGCUAUACAUACAGAUGGAAUUUUGCGAGAAACACACGCUGAGGCAAGCCAUAGACAAUGGACUGAGCCAGGAGCAUUUCAGGGCGUGGAGGCUGUUUAGAGAGAUCGUUGAAGGACUAGCCCACGUGCACCAAAGAGGCAUGAUACACAGAGACUUGAAGCCGGUGAAUAUAUUCUUGGACUCUAACGACCAUGUCAAAAUAGGCGACUUUGGCUUGGCAACGAAGGCUUUCACCGCGAUCCCUGUUGAUGAAAAAGCAAAGCAGGAAGAAAUUGGAGGCUCAUUGACUGGUCAGAUCGGCACAGCUCUCUACGUAGCUCCCGAGCUCCUCCAAGGCUCUGGCAAGGUGAUAUACAACCAGAAAGUGGACAUAUAUUCCCUCGGGAUCAUCCUGUUCGAAAUGUUCCACCCACUAACCACGGGAAUGGAACGCAUGAUGGUGUUGACCGAAGUACGGACGAGAGAUAUUAGGCUGCCGGAGUCUUUUCUGAGAAGAGAGAACGCUAAGCAGAUUCAUGUCAUCAGGUGGCUCCUCGACCACGACGCAAGCCUCAGGCCUACAUGCGCCGAGUUGUUAGCGAGCGAGCAUGUCCCGAGGCCGGUCCCAGAAGGCGCCCUGUCUGGACUCCUGUCCCACACUCUCCAGGAUCGAGGGUCCAGAGGUUACCAACGGUUAAUAGGCGCGUGCUUAGAGCAGCGGUUAUCGGCGGCAGAAGACAUCACCUACCACGGAGACACGAAGACCAAGCCUUCUGAAGUACUGGCCGCUUUGAAAGAUACGGUCAUAAAGGUGUUCCGAACCCACGGAGCUACGGAGUUCUCGCCGCCCCUAUUGAUGCCUCGGGCCAAGGGCUGGGAUCAGUACCCCAACGCUGUGAAAGUCAUGACGGCAUCUGGGUCAGUCUGCCAUCUGCCCCACGACUUGAGGUUGCCUUUUGCGAGGCACGUAGCAUACACUGGUACGAAAUACAUGCGUCGAUACGUAGUGGACAGAGUGUACAGAGAAAAACACGUGAUGGGCUUCCAUCCGAGAGAAAUUGUGGAGUGCGCGUUCGACAUCGUCACUCCUAGAUGUGAUUCCCUCUGGUCCGACGCAGAAUUGCUAGUGGUAGCAAGCAGAGCAGCAACAGACAGCGGCCUCAAAGUGGCCAUACAGUUGAACCACACCGAAAUCUUGCGCACUCUGCUAAUGUCGUGCGGUGUGCCCGCAGACAAACACAACGAUAUGUACCCUGUGUUGGUGGAUGUUAGUUUUGGUCGCAUAACCAGUCUUCAACUCCAAACCCAUUUAACCUCCCUCUGCGUGUCAAACCGCGACAUGUCGACCCUCGUCCGUCUAAUGGAAGCAGAAGUGGGAGUGCAUGAAGCUAAAGAACUGGUGACGCCUCUGGUCAAGCAAGCCAAGUGGGCCAAACUGGUCAGCAACGCUGUGAGGGACUUGGAAGCGGUCAGCAGGGAUGCACGAGCGCUAGGAUGCGAGCAAGCCAAGUGGGCUAAACUGGUCAGCAACGCUGUGAGGGACUUGGAAGCGGUCAGCAGAGACGCACGAGCGGUAGGAUGCGAGUGCCCAAUGACGGUGGCGCCAUUCCUAGCAUACAACGCGACCCAGCACAGCGGUAUUUUCUGGCAGAUGUCGGUAUUGAGGGAUAACGACCACAAGCCCGUCGCCAAGCAUCGCUCUGGAGACAUCAUAGCUGCUGGAGGGAGGUAUGAUGCAUUAGUAGAAGACUUCUGGAAGGUGUCGGGAACACAUAAAGACCACGAGACCGCUCAGCUUUCGUGCACGUCAGUCGGGUUCUCAAUGUCGUUGGAAAGAAUGGCCGCCAUUUUGAAGAAGAUUGGCCCGGAAGAGCCGUUGGUUGUGAAGAAUUCUGAGUCUACCCUGAUCUGCGUUUGUAUGUGGGGUACCGCUGGCAGCGGCCGCGACGGCAUAGCGGCCGCAAAACGCGCCCAACUGGCCAGGGACCUAUGGGCGGCUGGCUAUAACUGCUGUUCUUGGCCUUUGAGCAGCUCAGAAGCUCAUGAGCUGAGUCGCUCAGGCAUCGUGUUGUUGCAAGAUGACGCGUUCGUGAGGAUCGGCUGUUGGGGCAGUGACAGCUCAGAAGCUCAUGAGCUGAGCCGCUCAGGCAUCGUGUUGUUGCAAGAUGACGCGUUCGUGAGGAUCGGCUGUUGGGGCAGUGACAGCCAUAGGAUGUCCAUUGCUGAACAUAGGCCUCCCCCAGGCAUUCGUAAGGAUCUAUGGGCGGCUGGCUACAACUGCUGUUCGUGGCCUUUGAGCAGCUCAGAAGCUCAUGAGCUGAGUCGCUCAGGCAUCGUGUUGUUGCAAGAUGACGCGUUCGUGAGAAUCGGCUGUUGGGGCAGUGACAGCUCAGAAGCUCAUGAGUUGAGUCGCUCAGGCAUCGUGUUGUUGCAAGAUAACGCGUUCGUGAGGAUCGGCUGUUGGGGCAGUGACAGGUUAGUCAAGAAUGUCAUAACUGCUGCUGACCUAUGGGCGGCUGGAUAUAACUGCUGUUCGUGGCCUUUGAGCAGCUCAGAAGCUCAUAAGCUGAGCCGCUCAGGCAUCGUGUUGUUGCAAGAUGACGCGUUCGUGAGGAUCGGCUGUUGGGGCAGUGACAGGGUUAGAGAACAUAAACUGCCAUACAUCGAUGUAAUCGAUUUCAUCAAACAAAAACUCAACCCUGACAUUGCUCGGACUCCCGAAGGAAAUAAUCGGACCAUAAGCUGGAGUGAAUCAGAAAAAACUAACACUCCGAAUACAUCCGUCACCUUCAUCACUGCCAGUGAACGUAUGACUAAGAAUUCGAAGAGACACUGCGAGAAUCAGAUCUCAACCCAAAUAACCUCAAUAUUAGUAACGCUGGGCCUCCAGCCGUUACUAUCUCGCGUACGAGUCAGCGUUCUCGCUCUAGCGUGUGAAGCGGCGUGCGUCCGCAUGUUAGCGGCACACCUGACCGCUCCGCUAGACGCGGGGGACUUACCUGACGCGUUUAAACCGGUCUUUAGCAGCUUCUCCAAACGCCAGAAUAUUCUAGAAGAAGCGCUAAAAGAAUUGGCAACACUCGCCAAGCAAAACAAUCAGAAUCGGUCGCCAGAUGAAACGCAUUUGUACGCGUUGUAUUCUAUACCAGACUCUUUAUGUAGGCUAAUUUACUAAUAAUAACAACAAUACAUUUUGUAUGUCUUUCUCGAGUCAAUUUUAAUUAAAUACAAUAAAGGCUGAACCAGAAAUACGAAAAAAAAGUGCAUAAUUAUGAAGUUACAAUAGAAAUUGUACGAUACCAAUUUCCUUGUUAUAUUUUUAAUAUUAAACAAGCUCUCUCUGUCAUAUUUUUUUCUGAAGAACGCAUUUCUGGCCAUGCCUUGCCGUUGUUUUUAUUUUUAAUUUUUAGCGUUAAUUUUAAGUUAUGAGUGAUUCAAAAAGUUGGAUACCAAAAUACUUAUCCCAACGUUAAUUUUUAAAUGUAAUUAAUGCAAAUAAAUGAAAUAUGCAUUUAAUAAUGUGUUGAUGUGUUUUAAUAAAAUGUUAUAAAAUGACGGUCUUAUAACUAUUGUUUUAUAUGUUUUAAUUAAUUGACCUAAGAGAUUAUGAGAAAAAAUUUGUUACUACCGUCACUGUCACACAGUACAGUAUUAAAAGUGUUGUGUAAUUUAAGCAAAUGGUAGUAAAUCAAGAAAGAAUAAGUUCAACUUGCCAGCUUUGUUUUUGUAGUUUAAGAUGCCUUUUUAAUUCAGUA